AUGGAAGCUCAACCAGAGGAAAGAACCGUGCAGGAAAUCGCACUGAAUAAUCCGAUCAUUUUGACCGAAAUUUUGAAACAGGCCGCCACCCCUUUGAGAACUGCCCGACUAGUUUGUCACUUUUGGAACGAUAUCGCCCUCUCCCUUCCAAAUCCGAGACUUUCUCUAAACCUGAACCACAAAUAUGCCCGAGACCAAGACCCCUUUUCCUUCUCCGCGUUACUUUUCUCAUUGGAAGACCGACUCGCGAAACGGAUCAGCUUCAAGUGCUACACCGAAGUGAGGGGCGAGGACGGCGAGGUUGACCCCACCGUCUACAUCUACUACUUCGCCUCCAGGCUGGCCCACUUUUGCGAUAAGUUUUCCGAUACCGUGCAAAUUCUGGAGCUCUCCAUCGACGACGAAGACUGCUUAAAGUAUGUCCAUCAAGCAUUGGCAAAUUGCUGCCCGAAUUUGAAACAGUUCCGAAUUCUUUGCGAAUUUGUGGCUCUCGAAGAAAUUUCGCUGGACCCGCUCCUACCAAAACGAAAGUUGCAAGCGUUCCUAGUCAAUUUCCCAGUGCAGACGUCGGUUCAAAGUCUCACCAGUUUUAUUCAGGUCGUUAUCGACGCCUCGCCAAACUUGAGAGAUAUCAAAAUUCCGUGGGGAAGCUGUACUGAUUUCGAAAAUUCUAAAUCUCUUGAAUCCUUAACGAUCGCAUUGGAUGACCUUUUUAAUACGCAUGACAUCGCUGCCUUUGAACCGGCAUGGCUGUCACGUGUCCUGAAUCAGAUUGGGGAUCAGCUGGUCUGCCUAUGUUUUGGGGAGUCUGAUGAAAUUAAAUGCGUCUACGAUUGUGGAAACUGGCCUAGAAAAGAAUUCCGGUUGCCGAAAAAGAUGCCGAAAUUGGAAAAGUAUCGGAACCUGCUGGUCGACGUUUUUCAGUGCGACGAUGUCUUGCAAGACGUCGAAAGGAUGCCCGCCCUGAAAACGCUGGUGAUUGGAAAGACAAGCACAACAAGGUCGGCAAGUUUGCAUGAAUUUUUGCAAACCAUUUUCGACGCGGGGAAGAUUUUGGGGGGUGUGAAAACUUUGAAGAUUUUUGAGAUGCAUGAUCCCAAGCUCUUGGAGGGAUUGAAGACCGCGUUUCCGAACGUGGUGAGGUUGGAGGUGGACACGCGUAGCAGAACGGACGACCGUGGGAAAGAGAGUGGGAUGAAGUUGGGCGUGGUUCUGAAGGCGUGUGGGGGUUGGCAAGGGUUGAAACGGAUGGAUUUGUCAUUGCCGGUUUAUCCAAGAGAAAUUAUAACUGCAAUUCCAGCUUUGUUGGAGGGUCGGGAAUUGUAUAAAGGGCUGAAAACUUUCGAAAUUAUGGGAUGCGACCGUUAUACGAGAAUCAUUAAACAAGAUUUGACAGAUGACGACCUGGAUCUCUUUAAGGAAUUGCUCUUCGCGAUGAAUGGGAUGGACGAGGUCAUAAUUUCCUACCUUUUUUUUAGUGAAGAAUCUGAGAGAAAGAUAUUGAAGUUAAUGGUAUCAAACAACUUGACCGUCUCGAAGUUUAGGAUAUUUCAAGGGAAAUCGACCCGUCAUGGUAGCGAUUAGUUGCAAAAUUUAUUACAUUAUUUGACCACAUCAGUCAGCACCCUGAUUC